AUGGCUGCAGAACUCGUCCAGCUUCAACCCGGCCAGCAGGUGACCCGAAUCGUCUUCUUCCUACCUACAACAUUGAAAUCGACAAAAAUUAAGCAUGAUUUUUUGAUUUGGACUUUAAACGAACAUAAUUUAAUUAAAGGGUAGCUGUCCAUUUCAAAUUUACUUGGAAACUCAAAUUUUAUGAUGCGGUGAACUAUGUAAAAUGGAUUUUCACGACCGCCUUUCUGGCUCUCCUUUUCGGCUUGAAGUACGCUGUACUCCGAUUCUGCAGGUCGAGCGCUGGACGAUCGACAAAAAGUUGGGAGAAGGCGGUUUUGGAGCCGUCUACCGUGUGCGCGACGCCACAGGACAAUACGCCAUGAAGGUGGAAGGCUGUAACGAACAGAUCCAGGUUGGUCUAGCUCCCUCUUCUUGGAACGCCGUCUCAGGUGCUGAAACUGGAAGUCUCCGUGCUAAACGAGCUGUCGAAGCGCGGCAACAGACAUUUCUGCAAGAUCGAGGACAAGGGCCGUUAUGGAAACUUCAACUUUGUCGUCAUGACCCUCGUCGGCAAGUCUUUGCAGGUCUUGCGAACUUUGUUGCGGAAGUUUCGAAUGAAAAAGUCGUAGGAUUUGAACAAGGCUGGUCCGGGAGGACACAUGACCCUCGGCUGCUCGAUUGGCGUCGGAAUUCAAGCUCUCGAGGCUCUUGAAGGUACUUGAAAUCUUUUUUUAUGUUGGAAAAAAAGUCUUUAUUUCAAAGUUUUUUUUUAGUUUUUCAGAAACUUUUUUGUAGAUCUUCACCAAAUCGGCUACCUUCAUCGAGACGUCAAGCCUGGCAACUAUACCAUUGGACGUCCUGAACUCAAUGAAAUUCGCAAGGUUUAUUCUUUUUUGGAAAUUGAAAUGUCUUUCUUUAGUUAUAGCACGAAAAACUCUCCUGUAAAAACUUUUUUUAAUAAGAAUUGAAUAUAAUCGGAUCUCGUGAAAAAGAAGAAGCUUCAGUUUUUUUUUUGAUUGCUCAACACAUUCACAAUUGCUUCAGGUCUACAUUCUCGACUUCGGCAUGUGUCGAAAAUUCACGAACGAUUCGGUAAGUGAUGAGUUUCCUCGCUCCAAGGUAAACUUGGUCUGCAGGGAGUGAUCAGGAAGCCGCGACAGGCGGCUGGAUUCCGCGGCACGGUCCGCUACGCUCCGAUUUCCUGCCAUCUCCAGAGGGAGCUCUGUCGGUCAGUCUUCCACUCUAAUCUGAGAAAUUUAUUUUCUUGGAAGCUUGAAGAAAUCAAUGUUCUUAUCAAAGUUAUUUGUAUUCAAAAAGAAACAAGUUGUAUGAAUCUGAAUAGCACAUUUAUAAUUAGUUCACAGAUAGUUUAAAACAAAAUACGGAGCUCUUAAUAUUCCGUAAAACUUUCGUUAUAUAAUACCUUCUAUAGUCAAUGUUUCCCGACUUGAAAGGCGAGGGAGGCGGGCAAAGAGGCGGGACGCGUAGCGUGUGCGUUCGCUGUUCUUGGCACGUGUUCAAUUCAACCGCCAUCGACUCUUUGAAAAGCCCGUUUUUCGCUCUUAUCAUUCUUUUUUCAAUUAUUUAUUGAUUAUGCUCAUGUGUGCAUCAAAAAAUAGUAGAAAACAUUGAAGCGGCUGCCGAGCUUUUUGAAUAGUCGGCGGCAAUUGAAUUGAACUAGUGCCAAGAACCGCAAACGCACACGCUACGCGUCCCGCCCCUUGCCCUGUCUCCUUCGCCUUCCAAGUCGGGAAAAGUUGACUAUAUUUUUAUCAUAUUUUUCUGCUAAGAAAAUGAACUUCAUCUCACCAGGAAAGAUGACGUCGAAACGUGGAUGUACAUGCAGGUUGAACUGACUUUCGGACGCCUCCCAUGGAAAGACAUCGCCGACAUGGGUCAAGUCGGUCCUUGACUUGAAAGCACGGAAAAGGAAAUGGAUCUGCAGGUCGGCGCCUACAAACAGCGCGUCCGCGGUAAUCUCAUGGAGCUUUUCCCGCCGCCUUGUCCCAAUGAAUUCCAAGAAAUUAUGCGCAUGGUCGACGCUCUGAAGUACUACGACGCACCCAACUACCAGGCCAUAUACUCAGUUGGUUUUUUCCUCUCUAUUUGACGAUCAGAAUAUAUCCUAUAGGAUUCAGCCACUACUUUCAAAGUACAUUGCUUUUUCAUAUACUGCUCAGAAGAGCAGGCCACAGUUGGACUCCAAAAAUGGGUUCCGACGCGGUCAUCAACCGUGAAUACGGUGCUUCACGCUCGCGGCCCGCCCGUCUCCCUUUCAUCGCAGUUGGCGUGUGUGCCAUUUUGAUGGGGAUUGCGAGAUACAUACUGCAGAAAUGAUUCUGUAUAGUAUGGUCUCGAAGAAGCAACCGGCCGCUUGCCACUACACACUAGAGCGCCCCCGACUCCGCGCGACUUGCGUGUCGAUGUAUCUUUCACCACUCUCCCCUCUUCCACUGGCACCCGCCGCGUUUCGCAACUCUCUUUUUUUCUCUUUGAGACCCGGCUGAAUAAGAUAGUUUCCACUUUGAAAGUUGAUUGAAACGAACUUUUAGGUUUCAUUUUUUUUUUCAACAGUGUCAGCCUGGAAAUAAUGAUAUAGAGUUGUUUUCAAAACGCUGAGUUUUCUUUUGAAAAAACUAUCGCCAAGCAAAAAAAAAAUCAAUACUAAAAAGAAUAAUCUUCACUCGACUCUGAAAAAAAAUAUCUACAGCAGGGGAAAUUGAAUUUAAACAAAGAAGGAAAUUUUAUUUUUCUUGGAAACUGCUUUUCUAUUUAAAAAGAAAGCUCAGAAAUGUUUAUCUCCUGAAUCGUGACAGAUUGUACUAAUUCCAAAUUCGUUUAAAAAGUUAUCAUUUCACGAAACCUCGUUACGGGCUCUUUUUAUAUAUCUCUGAUAACACAUUUUCAGACGAUGCGCCGCGCAUUCCAGUCAAGCAACUCCCAGGAAUUCCCCAUGGACUGGGAAAUGGGCGGUCCUUGUGCCUACCUUUUGCAAUAA